GAGCGCGCGCGGUGGUGGCGGCGUUGCCAGGAGAAGUGGGCGUGGCCGGCUCUGCGCUUGCUUGUGCCGUGAGAGGAGGAAAGAUGGCGGAGGAGGAGAAGCUCCCCGCGGGCUGGGAGAAGCGCAUGAGCCGCAGCUCCGGGCGUGUUUAUUAUUUCAACCAUAUCACAAAUGCCAGCCAGUGGGAGCGCCCCACUGGCAACAGCAAGAAUGGUCAAGGGGAGCCAACAAAAGUGCGAUGCUCACAUCUCUUGGUGAAACACAAUCAAUCCAGGAGACCCUCAUCAUGGAGGGAAGAUAAAAUCACGCGAAGCAAGGAGGAGGCCCUGGAACUAAUUAAUGGCUACAUCCAGAAGAUUAAAUCUGGGGAGGAAGACUUUGAAUCCUUAGCAUCACAGUUCAGUGACUGCAGCUCAGCCAAGGCAGGGGGCGAUCUGGGUACUUUUGGAAGAGAUCAUGCAUUAUGGAAGAUAUGCCCUUGUUACACUAUAUAUUGUUGAAGGAACCAACUUUCUACUAUUUUUCUUGUACAAAAUGUCAAAUGCAGAAACCUUUUGAAGAUGCCUCCUUUGCGCUGAGGACUGGUGAGAUGAGUGGACCGGUAUUCACAGAUUCAGGGAUCCAUAUAAUUCUGCGUACAGAAUGAGUGUUUUGGCACCAUGCAUUUGGAAAAAAGAAAGGGUCAUAGGGAAAAAAGGAACAAGAGAACCUUUAUUCCAACCAUUGGUACGCUCUCUGUCCCAGAACAAACUUCAUAUCUAGCUUAUUGUUUAUUUUUGUUUAUAUAUGUAUAUAUAAAAUAUAUAAACAUAAACAAUAAGUGUGUGCAUAUGCAACACACAUCAAUAUAUCUCUGUUUCAUAUUUCAGUACCUUAUUUGACCUGUUGAAGAGAUGUUUUCCCCCGCCUGUAUUGAUGCAUGUUAGCUGGGGCAGAAAACAAUUGAAACAAUGAGACAGUAGCAUCUUGCAUAGACACAAUGACAGUGUUUUUAACAACAAUAAAAAAAAGGAAAUCCCUAGCUGCUUGAAUUUAAUAUUGACGGUUUCUUCCAUUCAGGAGACAUGUCUAUACUUACAGGGUCAUGCUUCAAUGCUUUCCCUCUAUAUCCAAUUUAUCAUAGAGUUAUUUAUUAUAGGGCUGCACUGAUGGUGGCAGAGUUUAGCUCUCAGUGUCUAAGUAGAAUAAAAAUCUCCUUUGCCAUGGUAUAUCCUGGUUUAAGUUCACAAGUAAAAACACCCCAUUUCUUAUCUUUCUCACCCACAAUUUAGUGUCAUUCAUUUCUUAAUUGAUAAAUUGUUUUUGGAUGUAAAACUAGAACACUCCUGUGGCCUCACUUUAUUGCUGUAGAUUUAGGAGUACAGAUUCCUCAUGAUAAUGUGCAGAUUCCACUGGACUUCGCUUCCAACUUUCAUCAAGGGUUGAGUUUCAGAAGUUGCAAAGGGACUUGAUGUUGUCUGGAUAGGAAUUCUCUGUGCUCACCUAAGCAUACACCGGACUCUGCUGUCAGAAAUAUAAGUAUAAAUUCACCAUAUGCUGAUUACCUUAAUGCGUUCACAUUGAAUUAAAUCUUGCUGAUGCCUUUUUGAGGCAGACAGAUCUUUAUCUUCUACGUUAUUCCAGUGCAGUCCCUCUCCAAUUUAUUUAGCCCUCUAAAUUUCAUUAGAUACAUUACAUGUUAGUCAUUCUUGUGUGGUGUUCUUAAUGCUAAAAUACUAUCCCGAGGGAAGGCCAUUUAGUUAUUGGCUUCCAAGUUUUCUGGUUUGUGGGUUUUUCCCCCCUAUUUUCUUUUGUUCAGAAGCUGGUCAUGAUCCAUUUGUGGUUUAAGAUAACACUGUAAAGUCACUCUUUCUGUUUUUCUGUAUUGCUUUUUCUCUAUAUAAAAUCAAUACAAUUCCCACCAAGUUCCCUGCUUUUGAUCUGAUGCAAACAAGCUUUGUGUAUAUAUAUGUACAGAGAGUGUUCCAGUUCUCUUAUGUGAGAAAAUAAAAAUAAAUCCCUGCCAACUAUCAACAUCAAA